CAGACUUGCAGCCCACGACCCCUCAUUUUUAUUUUUUUAUUAAAAAAAAAAAAACCUUUCUUCUUUCUCUUGCAGUUGCAAAUCUUAAUGAUCUCUCAAAGCAUCCAUUUUUUCGGAUUUUCAAAAAAUGGGUCCUGAUUUUUCCAUGCGUUGAAGGGCUCUGGUGAAUUCUAAUUCGUCAUCCAUGGAUUCUUCUCCUCCUGCAGCUCAAUCCAUUAAUCAGAGAGAAAUAAACUGGGACAAGCUCGACAAGACUAAAUUUUAUGUUGUUGGAGCUGGCCUCUUCACUGGUGUUACCGUGGCCUUGUACCCGAUCUCUGUCAUAAAGACCAGGAUGCAGGUUGCUUCAAGAGACACCAUGGAGAAAAAUGCUUUUUCAGUUGCCAGAGGCUUACUAAGAACAGAUGGGGUACGUGGUCUUUAUAGAGGAUUCGGCACGGUAAUUACUGGAGCCAUUCCUGGCAGGAUUAUCUUCCUGACUUCUUUGGAGACUACGAAGGUUGCUGCUUUCAGAAUGAUUGAGCCUUUUAACUUCUCCGAACCAACACAAGCGGCCAUAGCGAAUGGCUUUGCUGGCAUGUCAUCAUCACUUCUUUCUCAGGCAGUGUUUGUUCCUCUUGAUGUGGUUAGCCAAAAAUUGAUGGUGCAAGGAUAUUCAGGCUAUGCAAGGUACAACGGCGGACUUGAUGUUGCUCGUAAAGUUCUCAAGUCCGAUGGCAUCCGAGGAUUAUAUAGAGGGUUUGGCUUGUCAAUUGUGACCUAUACCCCAUCCAGUGCUGUUUGGUGGGCUAGUUACGGUUCAAGCCAACGGUACAUUUGGAGGCUGCUAGGCUAUGGGACGGAUAAUGAGGAACGUGUACCUAGCCCAUGGACAAUAGUGUUAGUCCAAGCAACUGGUGGAUUUGUGGCUGGGGCUGUGGCAUCUUGCAUCACAACUCCGUUGGACACUAUCAAGACACGGUUACAGGUGAUGGGACAUGAAAAAAGAGAAACUGCUAGACAAGUCGUCAAAAAAUUGAUUGUUGAGGAUGGAUGGAAAGGUUUAUAUCGAGGGUUGGGUCCAAGAUUCGUCAGCAUGUCAGCUUGGGGAACCUCGAUGAUAUUGGCCUAUGAAUACCUGAAGCGCUUGUGUGCGAAAGAUGAAGGGGUUUGAUCCCAACAAGUACUGCUAGUGAACCCAAGAUUUGGGCUAUGAGAUUUUGUAAAACAUAGUGGAUGAUGGAUAUGUUAGUUACAAAAAUGAUGAUUGCUUGGGGCUGCGUGCCCCAAAAUCCUGUUGUAAAAAACAGGCGGGUGAGUGUCGUUGCAAUCCUCUUCACAAUGCAGGCGUUGAUUCAGACGUGAUUGCGGAUGGCUGUUAUGAUGCAGGUUUGACUGACCACCCAUUUGUUAGACGACACAAAUAGACUCGUCAUUCUUUCUAAUCAGAUGCUGAUUUUUUAAAUUAUUUUUCCUUUGUUUUUCUUUUCUCAGGGAGAAUUGUCAAAAUGAUUAGAUGCCAUUCAUUGAGACAUUGAUUAUAGUUAAGAUUGUAAUAUUUAUUUUGAGUGAGGGAUUCCUU